AGUGCAAAUUUUAACCGUCAGUGCGAAUUCAAAAGCACAGGUGAGCGAACGUUCCGGUCUCCGUUGACACACGACUGUUGCCUACUCUAUCGGCCGCCCUCGUCGCCUCUCUUUCGCUCUUCCGGCGGCAACGAUCGCUGCCAAGAACGGUUAACAGUUCCAGCUGAAAGCGAACAAAAAAACAUUGCGUAUACGCAGCGUGACCUUAUAAAAGCGAUACAAAUAAGUCGCAAGUUGAACCCUAAAACCGCAAUAGCUGGCGAAAUAAGAAUAAAAAGCAAAAGGCAAAACAGCGCACUGAGCGAUACGAAUACGUGUUUCCACCAAAAACAAAAAAAAUAAGGCAAAAAAAAAACCGAAAGAUAAACAUUCUAUAUAUACUUGGCUGGCGGUGACAAAAACAAAAAAAUAAAUAAAAAAAAAAGCUUUGGCCAUAAAAAUCAGCUGGAGCGUGGGGGGUUUUUUGUUUUAGCGAGAACUGAAAAGCCCGAGAGUGAAAUGCUCGACUAAGACUAAGUGGAAGAGAGACCCAUUAGAGACGUAGAAUUGAAAAGAAAAACCACUUCUGAUAAGGCUUAUCAGUGCUAAGAGGCUUCCAAAAUGGCCGACGAAGAUCUCAGCCCCCUGCCUUUCCGCCGGGAGCGGAACCUCAGCAACAGAAACUUCAACAAAAGAAACUCUCGCCGCCGCAUCAGCCAGCAGGCGGCGGAGCAGGAGCGCCACUCCAGCACACUCGAACCCACUGGCAGUUGUACUCCGGAUUCCAACGACGUCGCACGGAGAGACAGCACCUCCGCCAGCAGCUCCAGUUCCAGCUCGUUCCAGCUCUCGUACUCGGUUAACUCGGACACGGAGAGCGCCUUCAACCGCCGAUCUCUGCUCAAGAUGCGGGCCGCCGUCGAGGGCAGUCCAGAUGCGGGCACUCCCACCUCUCCCGAUCCCGCUUGGCUCAACGUUCGCGAAAAGGUGCACCGCUUCGAGGCGCACAAGGCGAACAUCUUCUUCCAAAAGCAGGAGCGUAACAGUCUGAAGCUCUUGGAGAACCGGCGUCAUCCAUCCUUCGAGGAGUUCGCCAGCGACCAUGGCACUCCUCCGGCCACACCACCACGUCGUAUCCGCCUUUUGGGACUGGGCAGCAAGCGGACCAGCUCCAUACCCAGCACCCCGGGCAGUGGGGCGGACAUCAUCCCCAAUAUCGAUGAGGUGCGAUCCGAGGACGAAGUGGAUCAAAUAUCGGACUUUGAAACGGAUCCGCAUGUGGUUGAUCAUUCCGAGGAACACAUUAUCGAGCACAGCGCCUCGGAGGUACUGGCCGUGGGGGGCGAUGGGGAUUCCCAGGUGCCACAACAGGUGCAGCGAUCCAUUAGCGCCGAUCAAUCCCAAACCAUGCCGCUAAAAAUGCGCAACGAUAAGGACUUUCCGAGAAACUAUCGUUCCACGCCGAGACGAAAGACUGAAAUCAUUGGGACCACCAACGAGCAUGUUGUCACCAAGUUUAACUCCCUCUAUCAGCCCAGAGAUGAGAACGAGGAAGAGGAGAUCCAGUUGCGCGAGAAAAGCGACAAGUGCGUUCUCCCCAUUCUGGAGGAGCUGAUCAAAACGGAGGAGGCCUAUGUGAACAACCUGUUCCUGGGCAUCAAGAACUAUGGCAAUAUCUUCCAGCGCAAGGACCUUCCGAUGGGAUUGAGAGGCAAGAAGUAUGAUUUAUUUGGAAAUAUCGAACAAAUAGCUGAAUUCCAUCGCGAUGAGUUCCUGCCCAUGCUGCAACGUAAUCGUCGGGAUUUGAAACGUUUAUUUGACGAGUUUCUGCAAUUGGUGGAUCAAAAUUGUUUCUAUGGCUAUGUGAUCUUUACAAUGAACAAGCAAAAGUCCCUCAAGCUGUGUGAUAUCUACAAAAAUUACUUCCUUAGUAUUCGGAUGGAACUGGAUGAUAAACUGGGAAUCAAUAGCUUCUUGGUCCAACCCAUUCAGCGCAUGGCUCGUUAUCCUUUGCUCCUUACACAGUUUAUUAAUACCUUCUUCAAGAACCGUGAUCUCGUGAUGAAACCACUUAUCGAGUCUUGCUGUCGGUUGGAGAAGCGCUUCCGCACCCUUCUGAUCACCACUAACGAAUCGGAGAUCAUCAAUGACAUAGUAGACUGUCAUGAGUUCAAUGUCUACUACCAGGGCAAAUUCCGGAAGGUGGACGAGUUCCAGGUGUUCGACUACAAGCAGAAGCGCAGCUACCGCGCCAAGGUGUUCAUUUUCGACAAGUGCAUCAUCUACACGGAGAUGAAGAACAAGAACCUGAUCUUCCACGGUCGCUAUCCCUGCGAGCACAUCGGUAUUUCGGCCAAGACCAAGUCCUUCACGCUCUACUAUGAGCGAAGGAAGCAGCAGGAGUGCGAAUUCACCGCAGACGCUGCCCAGAUAGCUUUAUGGCUGGACCUCAUCCGGGACAUGAUCAAUAACUUUGCCAACGAGGAGCGGCAGAAGCUGCAGGAGCGCUAUUGCCGCGAAAAUGAUCACCUGCAUCGUAAGGCUCCCAGUUUUUCGCUUUACCGCGAUUCCAAUCGCUUCAGCACGGACAGUGGCAUCGGUAACAUCUGGAUAAUGCCCAGACCAGACGAAGAAACUGUCGGCAAUCGCACCACUUGGUAUGCGGCCAGCUAGAUCCCUGUUAAAGGACACCAGGGACAUUUUUCGGAAUGAGAAAACGUUAGAAUGGAAACAUAGUUUCCACAGCUCUUCUAUUCAAUCGGGGGAUCUGCCUCUAAGGCAGCCAGGACAUCUAAAAAGUCCUAAGCACUUUGGCUCAUUGUUGUUCGCAAGAGCGAGACAAAAAUCAUAUGAUUUAAAUGCUAAAUCGCCAAAUAUCGUAUUCUAAGCUUAGUAACCUAAUGGAUCUGUGCAUAUUGCUGUAUUAAUGUUGUCACAAAAUGCAAUUUGUUGAGCCUUCUUCAGUGCCUGUGUUUUUUGUAUAUGUAUACCUAGGCGCUAUUAAACAAAAAUUAAAUUAAAAAGAAAAUCAAGA